CUUCGAUGAGUUUAUCAUUCCCUUUGAGCGUAGUGGUAAUUAUCUCAAUGGUGUGCAUCCACAAAGUGGAGUGUGUAGAGUUGAAUGUUGGAGGAGAUGAUGGGUGGGUUACUCCUUCAUCCAAAAAUCAACUCUUGUACAAUGAUUGGGCUUCCAAAAAUAGGUUCAACGUCAACGACACCCUAAGGUUUGUUUACAAGAAGGACUCGGUGAUGGUGGUGACAGAGGAGGAAUACGAGAAAUGCCGGUCAUCGCACCCAGUCUUCUUCGCCAACAACGGCGACACCGCUUUCGCUCUGGAGCGGCCCGGCUUGUUUUAUUUCAUUAGCGGCGUCUCGACCCACUGCCAGAGGGGGCUUAAGAUGAUCGUCAAGGUCUUGGAGCCGGACUCUCCGCCGCCCCCUCGUAUGGAAAGCGCCGCCGCUGCGCUCUUCCCUGCUGCUGCAUUCGUCCCUGCUUUGCUUCUUGGACUUUUGAUAUGAUUUCCUUGAUCACCUUAUUAUAGUUUUAGGCAUGUGUUCUUUUUCUAGAUUCUCAC